AUGGAUUCAUCUUUCACUUCGGUCCCCAUUCUGGAUUUCUCUCAGGCGCUAUCAUCUAAACCCGCCUUCCUGGCAAGCCUUCGUGAGGCCCUGAAUGUUGGCUUUUUCUACCUUCGAAAUGCUCCGAUUUCGGUCCAAACCCAAGAGCAAUUUAUAGAAAAGGCCCUAGCUCUUUUCGAGCUACCUCUAGAGAAGAAGCUUGAGAUCGAAAUGGUCAAUAGUCCGCAUUUUUUGGGCUACUCAAGGCUUGGUGCAGAAAUUACGGCUUUGAAACCUGAUUAUCGUGAACAAUUCGAUUUUGCAACCGAACUCCCUGCACCUGGUCCAAACGAGCCUUUGUAUAGGAAUGUGGUUGGUCCUAACCAGUGGCCAGAUGAAACGGCAAUCCCCGGGUUUCGUGAAGCAUUGGACACAUAUCUGUCGGAAGUGAGCAGCCUCGCAGAGUUAUUUCCAGGGUUGAUUGCAGAAGCAUUAGAUCUCCCAUCAACUUCAUUCAAUCAGGUUUUUGAUACCCCGCAGCAACAUAAACUGAAGUUGAUCAAAUACCCGCCCCCUCCUGGAACUAGCAAUGAGGAGUCUGGAUUUCAAGGCGUUGGUCCUCAUAAAGAUUCCGGAUUCCUCACAUUCCUUUUGCAGGGUACACCUCACCAUGGCCUCGAGGUCCAAAAUAAGACCGGGAUAUGGAUUCCUGCACCGCCACUUCCGGGAACAUUGGUUAUUAAUAUUGGCCGCUCUCUGGAGGCACUAACUGGGGGGGAUCUGCACGGCAACCACACACCGCGACCGAGGUUUUCGUUCCCGGUUUUCCAGGGAGUUAGUCUCGAUCUUUCCGCCGACAAGGUCUCUUUGAAGAUCCCAGAUCAUAGCCGUGCAUUGGUGAAAAAUGACAAGGUCAAAUCAGAUGCAGAGGCAACGUUUAACGAAAUAUUCCAUGGGAGCAUUGGCGAGGGAACCUUCAUUGCCCGGGUGACCAGCCACCAAGAUGUUGGGCAGCGAUGGUAUCCGGACAUCUUAGCGAAAGCAUUGAAGGGAGAGUUGCAUGGCAGUGGGGGGGACGAUUUCGGUCAAGGGGUCCUCCUAAGCGCUUUAUCUUCGGGUUUACAUCGGUACCUCACCGAUGUCGCCCAUGUCGAUAUUUACUGGUUUAUUGGUAGUCGGUUGGAUGUCGCGCCGUCUGAGUUGCCUCCCCUAACCACCCCAAUUCAAGGCUCCAGUACAGUCCCUUGGCGGUAUCAUUUCAACACAGUAACCUUCUCCUACACCACUGCCUUCUGGGCAUGGGAGGACUGGGAGUCACAGCUAGACUGGAUGGCCCUACGCGGUGUGAAUCUACCCCUUGCUUGGGUUGGCCAAGAGAAGAUCAUUCUCGAAGUGUUCCGUGAAAUUGGCCUUAAUGAUGCCGAGAUUACCACUUUCUUCAGUGGUCCAGCCUUUCAGGCCUGGAAUCGGUUUGGCAAUAUUCAGGGCUCCUGGCACGGUGAUCUUCCCGAAACAUGGAUCGAUCAACAAUUUGAUCUGCAGAAAAAGAUCAUUCAUCGCAUGGUAGAGCUAGGGAUGACCCCUGUGUUGCCGUCCUUCACUGGAUUUGUUCCGGCUAAUCUAUCUCGUGUUCUACCAAAUGCCAAUGUGGUUCGCGGAUCACAAUGGGGCGGUUUUCCCCUUCAAUACACAAACGACACAUUCCUUGAGCCAUUCGAUGUCAAUUUUGCCAAACUCCAAGCUAGUUUCAUCAGCAAGCAACAAGACGCAUACGGUAAUGUCAGUCACAUCUACACCCUCGAUCAGUACAACGAGAACGACCCUUACUCGGGUGACAUGGACUAUUUGCGUAAUGUCACUCGUAGCACCUGGCACAGCUUAAAACAGGCAGAUCCUCAUGCGAUAUGGAUGAUGCAAGGCUGGCUUUUCUAUGCCAAUUCCGAGUUUUGGACUGAUGAGCGAGUGGAAGCCUAUCUGUCUGGUGUAGACUCCAACGAGGAUAUGUUGAUCUUGGAUCUUUUCUCGGAGUCUAUUCCACAAUGGCGUCGAACGAACAGCUAUUAUGGAAAACCUUGGAUCUGGUGCCAGUUGCACAACUUUGGAGGCAGCAUGGGCCUAUAUGGGCAAGUCCAAAACCUGACUCAGAAUGCUACUGAAGCGCGAAUUGAGUCUCCAUCCAUCUCAGCAUGGAGGGCGUGGUCUCAGGCCCCAUUGGACACACAGCAGUACUUUCAGAAUUGGGUGACGAGUCGAUAUUCUGGCCAGAAGCAUAUCCCGAAUGGGCUCUACGUGGCCUGGGAUUUGAUGCGACAGACAGUGUAUAACAACACAAACCUCACAACACUAGCCGUGGCAAAGUCCAUUGUUGAGAUUGAGCCUAAGCUUUGGGGUUUGGUUGAUAUCGUCGGUACACACGGUACAACUGUCAACUACGAGCCACCUGUACUGGUGCAGGCGUGGCAGUCGAUGUACCAGGUAACAGAAGAAGAACCCAGAUUGUGGUCCAAUCCGGCUUACCAACAUGACAUGAUUGAUGUGACUCGUCAAGUCAUGGAUAACGCUUUUAUUCUGUUAUACUUGGAUCUAAUUGAGUCUUACAACAACUCUCGUUCUACACAGGACACAUUUGCGCAGCAAGGGGAGAGCCUCCUCCAAAUUUUGAGAGAUAUGGACUCCAUCCUUCUCACGAAUCGAAAUUUCCGACUUUCGACCUGGAUUGAUUCGGCACGGGCCUGGGCCAACGGUAACAAAACCGAGAUGGCAUUCUUGGAAUAUAACGCGCGCAAUCAGAUUACUCUAUGGGGACCAAAUGGAGAGAUCAGCGGUUACGCUUCGAAGCAAUGGGGUGGGCUCGUUUCCUCAUACUAUGUGCCCCGUUGGCGUAUGUUCAUUGAGUAUCUGAAGUCAACGCCGACCGGGUCAUACAAUGCCACUGAAAUACACGCAAUAAUACGUGAGUUUGAGCUGCGGUGGCAAGAUGAGACAUGGUCUGCUCCCGAGCCUACUGCGGAUAUGGUGGAUUUAGCCAAAGUAUUGACCAGAGUCACUCGCCAAUGGCCAUCUGUUUUUGGCCUGGAGUAG